CCUUCGUCCUGCCCCAGGCGCCCGCGGCCACCGGCACCAACUGCACCGUCAUGGGCUGGGGAACCACCACCAGCCCCCAGGAGACCUUCCCUGACACCGUCCAAUGCGUCAACGUCACCGUGGUCGAUGGCGCCGAGUGUGGCUCCAUCUACGGCUCCAAAGUGACCGAGAACAUGGUGUGUGCCGGGACCAGCACCGGGGGCAAGGACUCGUGCCAGGGUGACUCCGGGGGCCCUCUCCUGUGCGAUGGGGUCCUUCAGGGCAUCGUCUCCUGGGGGGAGCACCCGUGUGGGCAGCCGGGGAAGCCGGGGGUCUACACCCAGGUCUACAAGUACCUGUCCUGGAUCCUGGAGACCAUGGGGGAGGCGUGA